AUGGAAAUAAGUAUAGAGAUAGAAAAUGAUUGGUUGAGAGAAGCAUUGGUGAACUUAAAGAAUGAUGUUAGCUUCCUUAAGGCAAUAAUAUCAUUUAAUAAAUACGCAGUGUUAUGCUCGGGUCAGUUAAGUGUCGAAUCGCCCGGCCAUGUUAACGAGGAAAAUCAAGACGACGGGAGAAUCGUCGGGGGCUAUGAGACCAGCAUCGAGAAGCAUCCUUACCAGGUAUCGCUGCAAUACAGGAACGAUCACAUAUGCGGCGGCUCGAUAAUCUCCUCGGACUGGAUCGUCACCGCGGGCCACUGCGUCGCAACGUAUAUGAAUCUGAGGUACCUCAGCGUGAAGGCGGGCACGACGAGCCUUAAGGAUCCUGGUCAAGUGGCUAAGGUUCAGAUCAUAAUCGCCCACGAAAAUUACACGCGGCGCAGCACGGACAACGACAUCGCUCUCCUUCGGCUGGAGGCGCCGCUGGAGUUGGGCCCGACGGUGGGACCGAUCGAGCUGCCCCCCCUGGACGGCGAGCACGAGCGCUGCUUGUUCUUCUGCGAUAAGGCGACGGUGACCGGCUGGGGCGUCCUCGAGAGCAAGGGCAAGCCCGCUGACCGUCUACGCGCUGUCGCCGUUCCCCUCGUCAGCAACGCCCAGUGCGCCAAACUCUACGAGCCGCGGCCCAUCACCGAGAGAAUGCUGUGCGCCGGUCACGUAUACUUUGGUGGCAAGGACGCCUGUCAGGGCGACAGCGGCGGGCCGCUCGUUCAAGGCAACAAACUUAUCGGAAUCGUGUCCUGGGGAUUGGGCUGCGCGAAACCAUAUUAUCCCGGGGUUUAUACGCGGGUCACGGCCUUCCGGUCCUGGAUCAACGACAAUAGCGGAGUCUGAAUCUUCCGUUACUACCAACUCCUUCUUUCAUUCUUAAACAUACACUCACAUA